GUAGAGGGUACAAAACCCUGAAACUAGAAAGAAGUCACUGUUCUUCAUCCAUACAUAUAGCUCUACUCAGAAUAGCACAGAACUGAGUCGACUCAAAUGAAUUGAUUUUUAGGGUUUUAGAGGUUCUUCCAUUCUCAGUUCGAUCGAGUCAGAAGAAGUAUAGAGUUUUCUGAUUUCAAGCGCUAGGAUGAUCUAACUCAGCAUCUACAAAGGUUUCUGCAAAUCAAUUCGACACACACUCAAUACAAAAUACCUUCAAUUUCAUCCUCAAAGUAUGCAUUCUCUCUCUUGCGUGAAUCAAAGCAACGGUGUUAUGGUUUAAUGGUUGUUUGGUUGCUGAGAAAUAUUUGGAGCAGACAAGGAAAUGAAACCUUCAGUCCCUAAUUUUCAAGCGUUUCGAUUCUCAAAUUAAAAGCCUUGAGACAUAGUGUUAGUACGGAGGUUCAACAAUGCAAAUUCUGCAGCAUAUCAUUUCCAAAAUCUCUGCUACUCCAAGCGCCAAGACAGUGAGAAAUGUGGUAAAGGGAUUGGAUCUGAAGAUACUUUUGCCGAGGGCCCGAGUCUUUUCAAGCAAUUCUGGCAGUGGUGGAAAUGACGAAGGUGAUUGGGGGGAAACAUUUGGUGGAAGUGGAACUACUGGUUCUGAUGAUUUGGGUUGGGAUGUUGCAUCAUCUUGGUCUACUGGACUGACCAAGGAUCAUUUUGACGGAGAGAUGGUUGGCCAACAGGUUAAUUCAUCUGGUCCUGGAGAUAAUACGGCGAGGUCUCAGUUUGGUUCUGCAAGAUGGACUUCUGAGGAGAUGGAUAAAUUGAAGGAAUUGGAGGAAGAGAACCGCAAAGGCAAGGCGUUUGUAGAUGGAUGGGACGAGAGGAUGCAGGAAAUGAGCAUAUUGUUGAAGCAGGUGCGAGAGCCUGGAGCAAGAGGCACAUAUUUGAAGGACUCUGAGAAGGCUGAGAUGUACAGGCUUCACAAGGAAAACCCAGAAGUAAAUACAGUUGAGAAGUUAGCAAAAGAUUAUAGGAUUAUGAGGCAGAGGGUGCAUGCGAUUUUGUGGCUGAAAGAACUUGAAGAAGAAGAAGAGAAAAAGCUUGGACACCCUCUGGAUGAUUCUGUGGAGCUGUUGCUAGACACUUGCCCCGAAUUUUUUAUUUCCCACGACAGGGAAUUUCAUAUUGCCUCUCUGCCGUACAAGCCAGACUUCAAGGUCAUGCCCGAGGGUUGGGAUGGCACCCCACGUGACCGAGACGAGGUGCACUAUGAGAUCUCUAUGAAGGAAGAUGAGAUGUUAUAUCAGGAGUUCGUGCAAAAGAUGAACUUUAACAAAAUGAAGAUGGCAGGGAAAGUCAAAGUUCACAAAUAUAGUAGGAGGCGCCCUUCUGAUGGAUGGAAUUUCACGGUCGAGAAAUUGGGGCCGCGUGGUAAGCGUGGAAGUGGUGGCGGAUGGAAAUUUAUUAGUAUGCCGGAUGGGUCUAGUCGGCCCCUUAAUGAUAUGGAGAAGAUGUAUGUGAGGAGAGAGACUCCUCGGCGUCGGCGCAAAAUUCUCCCAUGAUACUCAGGAGAGAAAGGCAUCAUGUUUUAAUUAUCUUAGUUCCUCAAAGGUCUUUUCAAUCUGGUAACGUUUAUUUCAUUGUUCGAGUUAUUAGACACUACUCUGAUCUACAGUCCCUUGGUUCUUUCUGAUUGUGCCAGUAGCUUUAUAAGUAUCUUGUGUUUUUGGAUUCCAUUACUUUUGUAGAUUCAUAAGUUCAGUUAGCUGAAAUGCCUAACUGGAGGCGAAACAUAAUUGUACCUUAUUGGCCCCCUAGUGUGACUUCUGGUGUUGGGUCUGACACCGGAUGGCUGUGAAAUCAAUUAUGUUGAUUUUGGUCGAA